AUGUUAUUAUUCUAUUUCUUUCUAUUAUUUCUCAGUAAAACUCGCGGAAAAUUUUUAUCAGCGUCAGAAACAUCAUCAUUGUUUUUCAUACGAAAUAUUCGUUUAUCAACCAAUGAUCAACAAUAUCUUAUUCAAUGUCCAUAUGGUUUAAAUCAUUUACGCGUUCAAUUAUUUAAUUAUUCAAAUGAAAAUUGUUUUAAUUUAUAUUCAGUAUCGAAUAAUAAUCCAUGUGUGAACCAUCUAUCUCCAUGUCAAUUUCACGCUAAACGUAUUCCACUUCGUUGCAAUCGUUAUUUAUAUUCGAAAAAUGUUGAUAUUACUUAUCAAUGUUCAAACAAAGAAAUGAUAUUUUCUAAUAUAAAACGUAAUAGUUUAAGUAACACGAGUAAUCCAUCCAAUUCAGAAGAAAAUAUGGCUCUAUUUCUCAUUGGUUUGUGUACAAUUAUUAUUUUUUGGGUGAUUAUUUUUGCAAUUUGUUAUAUUUAUUAUUGUAAUGAUCACGAAGAACGUGAUUUACUUUUCCAGCAAACUUAUUUACAAAAUGAUAUAAUUGAUUUUAAUUUUUCAUCCAUGAAAAAUCAUUCAAUGACUAUUGAUAAUCUUUGCCUUCGUGUCAAUCCAUUCGAAAACAAUCAUAUAACAACAUAA